AUUUUGCCAGUUUGUCAUUUGGGAGAACUCAGUGUCAUCAAAUGUAAGUGAAGCUGGCCUGACUGAGAAAAAGCCUUCACACCUACACUAAAAUGGCUUUUGCAGAUAUUCUUGAGAAAGAAGAUAUUGAAACAGCCUUAGAAACAUGCCAGGCUCCUGACACAUUUGACCACAAGGCUUUCUUUGUCCAGGUGGGUCUGACUACCAAACCUGCUGAAGAACUGAAGAAAAUCUUUGCUGUCCUGGAUCAGGACAAGAGUGGCUACAUCGAGGAGUUUGAACUCAAAUUUUUCCUGCAGAACUUUCAAGCUGGGGCCAGAGUUCUGACCGACAAAGAGACCAAGACUCUCUUGACUGCGGGAGAUGCUGACGCUGAUGGAAAAAUGGGACCCGAUGAGUUCGUUGCCCUUGUGAAGUCAUGAAUAAUAUUGGACAAAAGUUCAGCACCAUUGACUCCUCCAAGGAUCACAUGAAAAACUGUGCCACAUAAAUGCCUCUAGCACUGACCCCAGAAAGGACUUGGUUAACUCCAUGUUGGCCUGAUCUGAUUAACCCCAUGUAGCUUUGUAGUUUUCAAGUGUUGCAGAUAAAAUGUUUCUUCAAAAUCAGAAAACCACAAUAAACCUUGAGUGUCAACAAUAUUUUGAGCAUGAUUAUCAAUUUUCAAU